AUGGGAUUAAAUGAGAGAACGAUUGACGGAGAUAGAGCAGCAUGCACCUUGGUGAUGGGAAACACAAACGACUGCCAUAUGAUCGAUGAGAUUAGUAACCCUUUUUCUAAGAAUAUCCGACCUAAAGGUGAACAAUACGUAACUGAAGCUCUAGCUGUAUCGCGAGUAGCUUAUAGCGUCUAUAGACGUCCGCAUCUCAUGGGCCCAUUGGCUUUGCUGUUUCAUUUUCUGUUCACAAAUGGAAACUAUUUUAAAGCGCAAAGUUACACAGAAUGUAAGUACGAUGACGAUCGUUGCUUAUGGAAUCAGCAUUCUAAUUUAUGGGCGCAUGGCGGGAUAGGAUACUAUACAGAAGAGUGUAAAAAUCCAUGCGGAGUUGAGUACAGCUGCCAGAUCUACGGAAUUGCCGUUACCGAAGAAUGGAUAAUACAUUGUUCCACUUACAGACCUAGAGAAUGUAUGGUAAAAUCUCAGGAAUGUCCUCAAACUCAUAAUUAG